GUUUAAAACGUUUAUGUGCCAUUACUACUCCGUGCUUCGUUCAAGUUGGAGAGAACACCAGCUACUUAAUUUCUUGACAAUAUAGUGAGCCGCAAUAAACUUUGAUCAAUUUUACUAGUCACGAUGAACAGCUGAUAUGGAAAAGCAGGCUCCAAGUUUGUCUUAAAACUAAGAAAAGUGUCAGGAUAACAAUGAGGGUUGUGGCCCUGGUGUCCGGUGGGAAGGACAGCUGUUUCAAUAUGAUGCAAUGCGUGAAGAACGGACAUGAGAUCGUGGCCCUGGCAAACCUAACAGGAGGUGAAGGAAAGGAAGAGCUUGACAGUUACAUGUACCAGACCGUCGGGACAAGUGCUCUUCAUGUGUAUGCCGAAGCAAUGAAUCUGCCGCUGUUCCAGGAGACGAUUACUGGUAUCCCACGAGAUACUCGAAUGGAGUAUACCCCGUCUGAAAAUGAUGAAGUAGAAGACUUGUUUCGAUUGCUGAGUAAAGUUCGCGAACAAGUCAAGUUUGACGCGAUAUCCGUUGGAGCGAUCUUUUCAGACUACCAGCGCAUCCGAUGUGAAAAUGUAUGCGCACGCCUAGGUCUAAAAAUGUUGGCAUAUCUGUGGCACCGUGAACAAACUGCCCUUCUUCAGGAUAUGGUAGAUUCAGGUCUGCAUGCAAUUAUUAUUAAGACAGCUGCUAUGGGUCUUCUGCCACGUCAUCUGGGCCUAACUCUCAACGAGAUCCUUCCUGAAAUGCUGAAGCUCAAGGAAAAGUACGACCUAAACGUAUGUGGCGAAGGAGGCGAAUUUGAGAGUUUCACACUCGAUUGUCCACUGUUCAAAAAGAGAAUUAUUCUCGACAGCCUAGAAACUGUGAUACACUCAGACGAUGCUUUUUCACCAGUGGCUUACUUACGUUUGAAAAAACUUCAUCUAGAAAAUAAAUAAUAAACAGAUAAUAAAGAUGUAUGUGCAAAAAACGU